ACCAAAGCUACUAGCUACUACCCACGAAAACAUGAAGCAAACACCCCAUGUAGCCCUUCUACCGAGUCCAGGGAUGGGUCACCUCAUCCCACUCGUCGAGUUCGCCAAGCAACUCGUUCGCCACCACCCCUUCUCCGCCACUUUCAUCAUCCCCACCAUCGGACCACUGUCCUCAGCCCAAACAUCGGUCCUCAAAUCCCUCUCCGAACCCAUAAGCCACCUCUUUCUUCCUCCAAUAACCUUCGACGAUCACCACCACCUCGACCCUGUAACCCAAAUUGCCCUCACAAUGACUCGCUCUCUCCCUUCAAUUCGCGACGUUUUCGAGUCACUUAUUGCCACAACCAAUUUAGUCGCUUUCGUGGUUGAUCCUUUGGGCACCGACGCAUUUGACGUAGCAAAACAGUUUUGUAUCCCCUCGUACCUGUUGUCUACCUCACCCGCCAUGACUUUGUCUUGGUGCUUCCUUUUUCCAAAAAUUCAAGAUGAGAUGGAUCGGAUUCAGAUGGCUUGUGACAAGUACAUAGACCUUCUUGAACCGGUCCAAAUCCCGGGUUGUGUACCGGUUCGGGUUACAGACCUCAUGGUUCACCCUGCUCGAGAUGGCCACAGUGAGAUCUAUAAAUGGAUUCUUCACCAUUGCAGACGGUUCAGUCUUGCUGAUGGUAUAAUCCUAAACAGCUUCGUAGACUUGGAACCGGGACCCAUUAAGGCUUUGCAAGGAAAUGAACCAGGAAACCCACCUGUUUAUCCGAUUGGACCGAUCGUCGGAGCCGGUUCAAGUAGUUCGCUUGAGCGGCCAGAGUGUUUAAAAUGGUUGGACAAUCAGCCACGUGGAUCGGUGCUAUUUGUCUCUUUUGGAAGUGGUGGGACCCUCUCAAAUGACCAACUCAAUGAGCUAGCCCUAGGGUUGGAAAUGAGUGGUCAAAGGUUUUUAUGGGUUGUAAAAAUUCCAGAUGAUAGAAGUGCAAAUGCUUCAUAUUUGAGUGUCCAAGACCAAGAUGACGCUAUUGGUUUCUUGCCAAAAGGGUUCAUGGAGAGGACCAAAGAGCGAGCUCUAUUCAUCUUCUCUUGGGCUCCACAAGUCGAGGUCUUAAGCCACAGUUCGACCGGUGGAUUUGUGACUCAUUGUGGUUGGAACUCAAUUUUGGAAAGUGUUGUCAAUGGCGUACCAUUGAUUGCUUGGCCACUCUUUGCUGAGCAAAAGAUGAAUGCAGUGAUGCUAAGUGAGGGACUGAAAGUGGCAUUGAGACCAAACAUGAACCAAAAUGGGAUUGUGGGCAGAGAAGAGAUUGCUGGAACAGUGAAGGCUCUAAUGGAGGGAGAUGAAGGAAAGAUGCUUAGAAAUCGUAUGUUAGAGUUGAAGGAAGCUGCUCUAAAGGCUCUAAGCAAAGAUGGGUCUUCCACAAAAUCACUCUCUGAGUUAGCACAUAAGUGGAAGAGUAAUUCUUAUAUAAAAAUGAACACAAAAUACAUGUAAAUGUAUAAAAAUAAGUAAAUUAAGAUUUGCUGAUAGAUUCACUUUUAACAAAUGUUAUUUAUUCCUAUAUAUUUUAUGUCUAAUUCUAUGAUUCGUAUGUAUUUUUAUCUCUAA